CAGGGAGGCGCGGAGCGCGGCCGGGCGCGGCGGCGCCACCACAAGUUGCGCUGCUCGCGGCGAGGCUGGAACCUAGAAUGUGACCCCAGAUAGCCUGCGCCGAGCUUUUUCCACCCGCGCCCGCACGCCGGUGCAGAAGCAGCCUCGUGCCCGCCCCAGCUCUCCAAGAAGUGGAAAGCUUUUCUCAGGUAAUUGAAGGUAGAAGAGAGGCCGGAAACUAAACCCUCAAAGGAAGAAGGGAUCUGCCUGCCUUUGGCUCUGAGCUGGUUGCCGCAGACUGGUCGCCGUUUCUAUGAUUGGAUGCUGGGAAGCCCACUGGUCCCAAGGUCUACACAUGAAGUCACUGUAAAGAGGGUGGCUCCCGCUUCGUAAAGACCUCAUCGCCGCGAGGUGAGGCUAAGAUGAGCAUAACCAGUGACGAGGUGAACUUUCUGGUGUAUCGGUAUCUCCAGGAGUCAGGUUUUUCCCACUCGGCUUUCACGUUCGGGAUCGAGAGCCACAUCAGCCAGUCCAACAUCAAUGGGACGCUAGUGCCACCAGCUGCCCUCAUCUCCAUCCUGCAGAAGGGGCUGCAGUAUGUGGAAGCUGAGAUCAGCAUCAAUGAGGAUGGCACAGUAUUUGAUGGCCGCCCCAUAGAGUCCCUGUCCCUGAUCGAUGCUGUGAUGCCCGAUGUGGUGCAGACGCGGCAGCAGGCGUUCCGGGAGAAGCUCGCCCAGCAGCAGGCCAGUGUGGCGGCCACGGCGGCGGCGGCGGCAGCAGCGACGACAGUGACAGCAGCCACGACAACCCCAGCAGCUGUUUCCCAGCAAAAUCCACCAAAGAACGGAGAGGCCACGGUGAAUGGGGAGGAGAACGGAGCACAUGCAAUAAAUAAUCACUCAAAACCAAUGGAAAUAGACGGAGAUGUUGAGAUUCCACCCAACAAAGCCACAGUCCUUCGGGGCCACGAGUCCGAGGUGUUCAUUUGUGCCUGGAACCCUGUCAGCGAUCUGCUGGCUUCCGGAUCCGGAGACUCCACGGCGAGGAUAUGGAACCUGAAUGAGAACAGCAGCGGGGGCUCCACGCAGCUCGUGCUGAGGCACUGUAUCCGGGAAGGGGGCCACGAUGUCCCCAGUAACAAAGAUGUCACCUCGCUGGACUGGAACAGCGACGGAACGCUAUUGGCUACAGGUUCGUACGACGGUUUUGCAAGAAUAUGGACGGAAGAUGGUAACCUGGCCAGCACCUUAGGCCAACACAAAGGCCCCAUCUUUGCCUUGAAAUGGAACAAAAAGGGGAAUUACAUUUUGAGUGCUGGUGUAGACAAAACAACAAUAAUUUGGGACGCCCACACAGGAGAAGCCAAACAACAGUUCCCGUUUCAUUCAGCGCCUGCUCUCGACGUGGACUGGCAGAACAACACUACCUUCGCCUCCUGUAGCACGGACAUGUGCAUUCACGUCUGCCGGCUCGGCUGCGACCGCCCAGUCAAGACCUUCCAAGGACACACGAACGAGGUCAACGCCAUUAAGUGGGAUCCCUCGGGAAUGCUGCUGGCUUCCUGCUCAGAUGACAUGACAUUGAAGAUCUGGAGUAUGAAGCAGGACACGUGUGUCCACGACCUUCAAGCCCACAGCAAGGAGAUCUACACCAUCAAGUGGAGCCCCACCGGCCCAGCCACCAGCAGCCCAAACUCCAACAUCAUGCUGGCGAGCGCUUCGUUCGAUUCUACGGUCCGGCUGUGGGACGUCGAGCGAGGCGUCUGCAUCCACACGCUGACCAAACAUCAGGAGCCCGUCUACAGUGUAGCUUUUAGCCCCGAUGGGAAGUACCUGGCCAGCGGCUCCUUCGACAAGUGUGUCCACAUCUGGAACACUCAGAGUGGGAGUCUCGUCCACAGCUACCGAGGCACCGGUGGCAUCUUCGAGGUGUGCUGGAAUGCCCGAGGUGACAAAGUGGGUGCCAGCGCGUCUGAUGGCUCUGUGUGUGUUUUAGAUCUGCGGAAGUGACCACAAAACGUUACAGAAAAAAGAGAAAAGGAAGUCUAAUGGACCAGCAAGGACUGUGUGAGGUUGCAGCACUCUCAGACCAAUUCCGCCAGCCCCCGCACCGUCCAAACUGACUUUUGCGUUAGCGUGUGCUCCGAAAUCAGCUCAUCCCUGGCCACAGGAGUCUGUAUCUUCUUCGUAAUCUUCAUCGAGAAGUUUAAAAAAAAAAAAAAGCAAACAAAAGAAAAAGCAAACACAGUGUCAUAUCAAGGGGGGAAGGGACGGUUCCCACCGGGGACAUGCAGCCUGGGGAACACGGAGCCACCGGCUGGAUGCGCCCAGUUUGGUUUCCAUCUGCAACAGGCUCUGUGAGGGCUGAACAGAACAGAAAACAAUUUUUAAAAGCUGUGCCAAAAAAAAAAAAAAAGAAAAGAAAAACGCUGUGAUAAACCUACCGAAAGGGGAAGAAC